GAAGACUGUUUGGUGCAUGUUAAACUUUUGCCAGCAGUUCAUUGUCUCUGGUGUCUAUCAUUUAAUAGGCUAGUUGACAUAAUGAAUGAGCCAGACCCACCUUCUGCCACUCCAGAAAGGACCCCAGCCUUAUCUGAAUUGAGAAGCACAUUAGAGCCUCUCAGCCAAUCACGACACAGCCCCGUAGCAAAGUGCAGGCCCAGAAGAGGAAGAGCAGAAAACUUUUGUUUUCUUCGGAGUUUAAUGAAGUUGGCCUGGUCACUCAAGAAGGGAUUAAAGGAGAAUUUAGUGUCACUGAGCUGUGACUGCUGAAGAGGGAAUUCAAGUGUUCGGGUCACUGUGUGAACAGGAUGGUCUCAGUUCAGAGCUGCACCAGGACGAAUAUGGCUGGCUUUCCUCCUGCUUUUCCAGGCUUCGGGAGCACGGGAAAGAGUUUUCUUAUUGAGAAUCUGCUGCAGUCCCAGACACCUUCAGCCCGUGGGGUGGCAGGUGGACACCUGAGACUAGCAGCAUGUGAACUUACGAGGAGAACCUGGGGCUCUGAGCAUGGAGCCUACCAAAGCCAAGCCCACAGUCCACGGCAGGUGAAGGAUUUAGGAGGACCACUUCUGCCACACUCAGGUGUACUGAGUAGUGUUUUCCUGAGGAGCCCGCAGUAUCUGCUGGCAUGCUGCGGUGGGUCCAGCCCCCCUCCUGUCUUUUCCAAGGGGGCAAAUAUUCGAAUGUGGUCUGCUGAUAUAAGUCCUAAAUCACGCAGAGGGAUCCUUAGGAGGGCUGUGUUCUCUGAAGAACAACGAAGGGAGCUGGAGAGAACUUUUCGGAGACAGAAAUACAUCAGCAAGACAGACCGUAACAAACUGGCAGCUGAUCUCAGUCUCAAGGAGUCACAGGUGAAGAUCUGGUUCCAGAACCGCAGAAUGAAGUGGAGGAACUGUAAGGAGAAGGAGGUUCAUAACACUCGCUCCCCAAUGGAUGAGCUCAUGGCCCAAGGUCUCGCUCAGGAAGAGGAAGAACCAUCACAGAAUCACACUGAUGCAAAAACAGAGAGAUCACCGCCACAGAAGAGUGUCAGGGACACAUGAGAGGCUGUAAUGAGUGGAAAAUAAACAAAUGACUUUCUCAAAUCGCAGAAACCUAUAAAAAAUGUGUGGAUGCAGUGUCUGUGAUGACUAACACUGAUAGUAACUUUUAAAUGCAUGUAACUGUUUUGUUGCAUGAUAAUUGUGAUUAGAUUCAACUGCUCAGUCAAUGAUCUUUUUGCGUUUCACUGGCUUCAGUAAGAAAUUUAUUUCGUUAUUACACUCAUGUCUUUCCAGGAAAGAUUCCCAUCAUUCGAUUGUAAUUGCAAUCAGUUAAAGAAACAUAUAAAUCACUUAAUUUAAUGCAUUUACAAAUCAGACCUUUUUUAAAUUGUUCAUGUUUUGGUCAGCUUUACACGAAUACUAAGCUCAUAAUUCAAAACCCUUUUGAGGUCAAUUGUCACUUGGAAUAUUUUGUACAUUUUUUUUCAUGAUCUUAA